CGUUGUACUUCAUUUACAGCUUGGAUGAAAAUGAUACCUUGGGUUUAAAGGCUGUGGAACGUGAGCUGUUUGACCUCACUUGAAGCCUCACAGCUAGUCUCACGAAACUCGAGAAGUUAGACUCAUUUAGUCCGUCGCAGUUCGUUGUCGUUGACGAUUUCACAUUCAGAACUGAGCAUUAAAAAAAGUGGUUUGGACUCUGAAGUAUACUCAAUUGUAUUCCAUGGCUUUUUGGAACGUUUUUGAAUGGUUUUUAUUGCUCUUUCUGGUGAGCCAAAUACCAUUACAAGGAGUAGCCGCUGGCCGGUAUAGAAGACAAUGGUUGGUACCAAGUUAUGCUGGCAGUUCCAUUGAAUUACAAUGCACCUUCCAGAACCCCAAACAGACGGUCACCCUGUGGCACUUUGCGGGAAUGAACUUUAUGCGUCGAAUCAAACCCAAUGGGGUCACAGUAGAACAGUAUGGACAACGCUUCGUACUCCACAGCAUAACUCGUGUGAAUAAUGGCAUGUACAUGUGUAGGGAAGGGAAUGCAAGAGUUCCUCUGGGACAAGUGUACGUGAUGCCUGCUGCAAUUAAAGAUUCUUCUUACCCUACGAUACCCACUAAACGUGUGGUAGUGACAGGUUCAGAGACGAGUAAAGAUUUGACUUGUACAGCAAAGGGACAACUGAUUUCUAGUGUGUUUUGGUAUAAAGGUAAGUGGUAUAAAAGACAAAAUCAUUAAAAAAAACCACAUGUUCAUGUGAACUGAAGAU